ACUAUAAAGAAAGUCAAAAUGUGUGGGAGGGUUCAGCUCUCCUAUCAAACUUCCUUAAUCAGUCUUUGGUUCACUGUUCUCCGGCACACACUGCAUGACCAAUUGUCCUGAAAGGACAGUUUAUUUCUUCUGUGACAUAAUUGAGACUGUUGUAACACGUUAAUGAGCGAAGGACGUAAAGAUUUCACUUGAAGAUGUGGAUGUUGAUUUUGAUUGGACUUAACAUCAUCUCAAAGCUACAUGGCUAUUCAAACGGCAGAGUCCCAGAGUCAUGUGAAUCAAUGUUGCCUGACCAUCGCCGGAGUGGCAAUCCGGUACUUCCUCAGACAUCUGAUCCUCCCUUUGAGGUUACAUAUGAACAUAUCAGCAGCAACAAAUAUCCUGUCAAAGUUACGCUCAAAAGCAUAGGAUCCACUCAAUUUAGGGGAUUUAUGUUGGAGGCACGAGAGGCCAGUCUCAAUGGGGAAGGUCCUGCAGUUGGUAAAUUUACAUUAGAUGACCCUUCUAUCAGUCAACUUUUACGAUGUAAUGAGUUAGAGGGCUCAGCUGUUAGUCACACAUCAUCUCAUGAAAAGACCACAGUCACUGUCUUCUGGACGCCUGUGGGAGAGGAACAAGACAUUAUUCUCAGGGCCACGUUUCUUAGGAACUUUAGAACUUUCUGGGAACCUGUGACUAUCAAUGUAACUUCAUUACCAAGUACUUCCCGGCCAACAACUUCAGCAAGUACGUCAGAGCCAACGACUAAAAGCUGCUAUCCAGUCAGCUUCCCUUUGAGAACAGGGAGAUGUGACUGUAUGUGUUGUGAUGCGUGUUGAGAGGGAGUGAAUGAGUGAGGGAGUAUGUGUAUGAUGUGUGGAGAUUGUGGGAUUAUGUGACUGUUUAUUAGGGCCCAUGCACUUGCAGUGCGAAGGCCCUAUUGUAUUUGCAGGAAUUCUUCUUUUUCUUCUUCUUCUUCUUUUUCUUCUUCUUCUUAUUGUUCUGACAAAAGGAAAGCCUUUUUGCCCCCCUAAACAUGCCCAAAAAGUCACCAAAUUUUGCACGCAAGCCAGGCCUGGCGAAAAAUGUGAUAUUUAAUGGUUUGCAUUCAUGGCCGUGGCAAAAUGGCUCAACAGCGCCCCCUUAAAAACUUGCCUUAAGCCCCACAAUACGGUUUGACGUACAUGCACGAAAAUCGGUACACAACUGUAUCAUGGCGCAACUUAAAGAAAAGUCUCUUGGCGUCAUGUCCGAAACCGAACAGGAAGUCGGCCAUUUUGAAUUAAUUGUGUAAUUUUGGCGCAAUUUAUGCCAUUCCUUCGGCAUUUAAUACGGCCCGAACCGUAACGUACCCCCAAGUGUGUUAUACAUCAAAAUCACGCAUUACUUUUUCUCUUUCAAAAGCGUUACCUUGGCGACGCUAGACGCCAAAAAGCACGCCCACCCUUCAUCUGAUUGGUUCAGACAGAAAAAACUUUGCGCCUCAAGCCCCAUAAUACGCUUUGACGUACAUGAACGAAAAUCGGUACACAUAUGUAUCAUGUCGCUACUUAAAGAAAAGUCUACUGGCGCCAUGGCCGAAACGAACAGGAAGUCGGCCAUUUUGAACAUUCUGAAUUAAUCACGUCAUUUUGGAGCAAUAUAUGCCAUUCCUUCGAGAAUUAAUACGGCCCGAACCGUAUCGUGAACCCAGAUGUGUUAUACAUCAAAAUGUGCGUCUCCAUCCUGCGACUACGCGCAUUACUUUUCUCUUUCAAAAGUGUUACCGUGGCGACGCUAGACGCCAUAAGGCGCGCCCCCCUUCAUCUGAUUGGUCCAUAUUUGAUAGUUCCCCAAAAGUCACCAAAUUUUGCAUGCAAGGCAGGCCUGGCGAUAAAUUUUUUCAGCUCCCUCAUCUCGAUCCACCAUAAGGAGGAGCACUCCAUGGGUUGUGAAUGCAACACAACACUGUGGCAAACCGUUGGCAUCUUCCAGCAGAACAUUUUCUUCUUGGUUGCGUUUGCAGUGAUGGCUUUCUGCUACAUUCAAAUCCUCCAGAGAAUCACAAGAGCAAGGUCCCACACGAAGAACAGAGCAGUCAAGUUAAUUUUCUGUAUUGUGGCUGUGUUCUUUGUUAGCUGGGUUCCCUACAACGUGGUGAUCUUUUUGAGGGUUUUGGCUCACUCGACUUUGGUCGAAUGGUCUAAAGACUGUAAUAUCAGUGUCCAGCUUGACUAUGCGUUCUAUGUGUGCCGGCUCAUUGCCUUCUCCCACUGCUGCUUGAACCCCGUCUUUUAUGCAUUUGUUGGCGUGAAGUUUAGGAGCCAUUUUAAGUCAAUUCUGCAUCGACUGUUCAGGCGGCAACCUCCAGCUGAGGAACAACAGGUCAGAUUGCAAAACCUCAUCUCACAAGGGUCUAUGUACUAGAUACACACACACACACACACACACACACACACACA